UAGAAAUGUUAAGGCUCCGUGACCAUUUGUGCAGAUGAUAUAUUUAUCUUUUAAUAAAAUAAUAAUAAUAAUAAUAAUAAUUUUAUGUAAAAUAUUUUAUUCAAUCCGAAGAAGAAAUAGGCAGAAGAGGGUGGAGAAUAACAUACAACAUCCGCUAUCCCCCGCUGACGCACCUCCGCUUCCAAUCUCCGAAUCCGCCGACGCCGACGCCGCCGCCGCCUCCUCCACCACCAUCACAACCAUGUUCCGGCAAGCAUCACGCCUCUUGGCUCGAUCCAUCAAUCAACAGCCAAAGAUGAUGGCUCGAGCCUUCUCGACGGAUGUGCCAGCCACGCCCACCGUCGAUUCAACCUUCGUAGAAUCAUGGAAGAAGGUAAUACCAAACAUGGAGCCGCCCAAGACUCCAUUGACCUUUAUGCAGCCUCGUCCUUCUACUCCCUCUACCAUUCCAUCGAAGCUCACUGUCAAUUUUGUGCUUCCCUAUGCAUCUGAGCUCUCCAGCAAGGAGGUUGACAUGGUCAUUGUACCUGCGACAACUGGCCAAAUGGGUGUUUUGCCAGGGCACGUACCCACAAUUGCAGAAUUGAAGCCUGGGGUCUUAUCAGUGCAUGAAGGAAAUGAUGUGACCAAAUAUUUUCUUAGCAGUGGAUUUGCUUUCAUCCACGCCAACUCUGUCGCUGAUAUAAUUGCUAUUGAGGCUGUGCCAAUCGACCAAAUUGACCAAAGCUUAGUUCAAAAGGGGCUUGCAGAGUUCACUCAGAAGCUGAGCACAGCUACAACUGACUUGGAGAAAGCUGAGGCCCAGAUUGGUGUUGAUGUUCACAGUGCUCUCAACUCUGCUCUCACAGGCUAAGGGUCCUCUGCAUGAUGCCUCCAGUUCUUUUUCACUUUAUGCCCUUUUGUGCUUCAUUGGCUUUUUAAUCUUUUUUGGUUCUUCAUAAUCUGUAAACUGCAUAGGCCUGUUAUCGCUUUGCCUUGUUUGUCAGAAAGGUAAAUAAAGCAAUGCAUUUACUUUGUUCACCAAGACAUCCCUUGGCAUGGGAUGUUGCUAGUUAUUGCUUCUUGUUUUGAUGAGAGUAUGUUACAUGGCUACAAAAUUGAAAUGAUCUAGUUACUUAUCCAGAUUAUUCGGAGUGACUUUAUCUGAAUCAGGUGCCAUGUAUUUGCCAUUUUUUGUUUGUGAUUAAUAAAAAUGUGCAACUUAAUGUUGCAUAAUUUCACUGUA